AUGACCUAUACUAACUUGAUGAACGAGAGCUAUGGUGGAAUCUACUCCAGCAAUGGAAUCAACGUGUCCUUCCUGGACCAUAUGUUUGCGAAUAUUAGCAACACCACUUGUACCAACCUCACACUGGAUUCUCAAGUCAUUGGGGUCGGUGUCUUUUUGUCCGUGUUUAUAUUAGUGGCUAUCGUCGGAAACAUCUUGGUUAUUCUUUCUGUGGUUUGCAACCGACACUUACAAACCGUAACAAAUUUCUUCAUAAUUAACCUAGCUAUAGCUGAUUUGCUCCUUAGUAUCAUCGUGCUGCCUUUUUCGGCAUCUUUAGAGGUCCUGGGAUGCUGGGUUUUUGGCAGGGUAUUCUGCAACAUCUGGGCAGCGGUGGACGUACUGUGCUGCACCGCUUCUAUCAUGAGCCUGUGCAUAAUUUCAAUAGACAGAUAUAUCGGAGUAAAAUACUGCUUAAAAUACCCCACAAUCAUGACAGAAAAGAAAGCCGGGGUAAUCCUGAUAGUGGUCUGGGUGUCCUCGAUGGUGAUUUCAAUUGGACCACUGUUAGGAUGGAAGGAACCGCCGCCUUUGGACGAAAGCAUCUGCAGCAUAACCGAAGAACCAGGCUAUGCCCUCUUCUCUUCCCUGUUCUCGUUCUACCUCCCGCUCAUGGUCAUCUUAGUGAUGUAUUUCAGGGUUUAUGUAGAAGCCAGACGGACUACUAAGAGUCUUGAAGCGGGAGUCAAACGGGAAAGAAACAAGUCAAUGGAUGUAGUGCUCCGGAUUCACUGCAGAAGUGUAUUGGAGGACUCCGCGGCAAGUACAAAGAGUAAAACCCAUCCCUUCCGAAGUUCCCUCUCCGUGCGUUUGAUGAAAUUCUCUCGGGAGAAAAAAGCGGCGAAAACCCUGGCAAUUGUUGUCGGGAUGUUCAUAGUCUGCUGGCUGCCCUUCUUCUUUGUUUUACCACUAGGGUCAUUUUUCCCAGCCCUCAAGCCUUCUGGGAUGGUCUUCAAAGUGAUCUUCUGGCUGGGCUACUUCAACAGCUGCAUCAACCCCGUCAUCUACCCGUGCUCCAGCCAGGAGUUCCAGCGGGCCUUCACUCGGCUGCUCAAGUGCCAGUGCCAGCGCCGGAAGCGGUCCCUCCGCCGCUUCUACGACCAGCGCUGGAGGGCGGCGGUCAAGGGCCCGGGCCGGCAGGUCUGCGAGGACUGCAGCCCCAGCUUCUCCCUCCGCGAGUCCUGCCCCAACUCCUUCAUCUGCAGGGGCAAGGGCCGAGGCCUGGGCCUGAAGAGGUGGAGCUUCCUCCGCCCGCUGCACAAGUCCUCCUUCCAGCUGAAGGAGAAGAUGAACAACCUGUCCAACAAGAUCAAAAACGGGCCGGGGAAGGGCACCCCGCCCGCUCUGGGCAAGCCGGAGAUCGACUCCAUCUCCAUGGGGAUCUCCAACGACUACGUGGACCACAGCGGCUAUCAGGUGUACGAUCUGUCGGAAUGCUACGGGCUGAAGGAGACUGACAUUUAGUGCAGCGGAGGCUGAUCUCUGGUCAGAAUUUUUUUUUUUUAACUCAUGGGU